AUGCCUCUUAAUAGGUCCAAUAUCUUAAGAUUAAUUUCUAUAAAAAGUGGUGCAUUUUCUUUUCCAAAUUCAUCACUGAAACCAAAAUUUUCCCGUUUUUAUCGUAGUCUUAACAGUCAAGAUGGACAGUAUGCGAUAGCUCACACUACGAAGCCAUCACCUUAUUUAGACUCAGUUCAAGAGAAGACCGUGUCUUCAUUCGCAAUGUCUCGAAUGAUGGUGUCUUCAGUACAAGGAUCUUUCUUGAAGUUUCUUGUACAGACAAGUAAAGCUAAAAGGGUACUUGAAAUUGGUGCUUUUACAGGUUAUUCAGCGUUGUGCAUGGCCGAAGCUCUACAAGGACGAGGACCAGAUGCCAAAGUAGUCACAUUAGAAAAGAGCGAAGAGUAUUUUAAGGCGGCAAAAGAGAACAUAGAGUCUUCUGGACUUGGACACCUGAUUGAUCUGAAGCUUGGCGAUGCGAGAGAGAUAGAUAUAGUUUCAAAUUUGGAUAAUUCGGUAAAAUACGACCUAAUAUUUCUUGAUGCUGACAAAGGUGGUUAUAUCCAUUAUUAUAAUAUUAUUCUCGAGCGAGAUCUUCUUUCAGAUGAUGGAUUUAUCGUCGCUGAUAAUGUUUUGUUUGGUGGACAUGUAUCACAAGUGCCUAAAGCAAAAGAUCUCAGUCAAUUUCCUCCUCCGGCCAAACAUUUACAUGCAUUCAACGAACACGUUGCUAAUGACGAGAAAACUACGCAAAUACUUUUACCAUGCUUUGACGGAAUCAUGUUAAUUCAAAAAAAGGCCUCUAACGCAUAG